AUGUCGAAUAAAAAAGAUAUAUCGAAAGAACGAAUUAUUUUGAACGUGGGUGGAAUUAAAUACGAAACGUAUCGAUCGACACUAACCGAAUACCCAGACACAAUGUUAGGUACAAUGUUUAGUGAGAGAAAUACGAAAUUAUUACAUCCGGUAAAUGGAAAUGAAUAUUACAUUAAUCGAAAUGGAAGAUUAUUUUAUUAUAUAUUACAAUUUUAUCGUACGCGAAAAAUACCUUGUAUUGAUAAAGUAAAAACAACAAUACCAAUAACACAAAAACAAUUAAAUGCCGAACUUGAUUUUUUUAUGAUUCCUCGUCCUAAACAAAUUUCUACUCAAAAACCUCAAUGUGUUCAAAAACUUUCGCUUAGAAGUAGAACCAUUGCUACAGAACUUGACAAAUUCAUUCAUGCUCUUAAAACGGCUUUGAAUACAGUAAUUAAUUACUUUCAAAAGCGGUUCAUAAUGUCAGAAGGAGGACAAGGAUUUAAUAUAACCUUGGAAAUAUCAUUCUACGCGUCAGAUAAAAUACCUCAUUUAAUCACGGUUUUACCCACCAUAAUUGGAAAAUCACCAGUACCACUUAUAACUCCUAUAUUUGAAGAACAUUCUUUCGGUACUAAGGCAUAUGUGUUGUUAAAUAAAUUUGGUGAUAAAAUUGGAGAUUAUUUAGAAGCUUUAUAUCCAGGAUUAUAUUGGGAUCUUCAAUGGUUAGAACAUUGUAGCGAUGGAACACAAUUAGUAGAUGGUAUGUUCAGAGUGAAAAUGUCAUUAUGUGAUAAAUUUGAUUAUGAAGAUAUAAUUCACAAUUGUUGUUUAAGUACUACUACUCUAAAGUAUUAUAAGUAUUGA